ACCUCCGCCACUCAAGCGCCACGCGCUUUCUGCGCUCAACUGGCCGCACCACUCCCCGUGCGAGGCUGCGCAGGGGUGAACCAACUUGAGCGCGCACCUCUCCGCGUGCCUGGACCCAUCGCUGGGGCAGCCCCGCCGCCUCGGACCCCAAACCCCAAGGACCACACUGUGGACAAGGCCAUGUUUUGCAGCUGUUCGCCCACCGCGAAGGAGGCUGCCCCCGCUCCGCCGCCGCCGAGGCCACCGCGAACGCCGGCGGUACCUUCUGAGGCCGCGCGCGUCGCCGCGGCGCUCUCGGGAGUACCGUACGCGACAGCAGCGACGCCGUCGACCAAGGAGUCGAGCUCGAGCAUGGAGUGCUACGACGAGGGCACCCCAACCGCCGCGCCGCGAGAAGCGAGGCACGCGCCGUUUCGACCGGCCCUACCGACUCAUCACUUGAACGACCCGCUUUCGUUUGAAGAGCAUGGCGUCCCCGAGGACGACCGGCGCGGGGAGUCGGUGCUGUAGCAGGGGUACGGUGUGUAUAGAAUUUUGGUUGUUAUAGAAUGUACACAC